AUGGGCUGGGUGUACAAUCUCGAAAAGCCCGAUCCACACAGUGAUUUUGGCCAAGUUAUUGCCAUAUGUCUGGUGUUCGCGAUCGCAGCCCUUCUAGCUGUUGCCCUGCGGUUCUACAUCCGAAUUCACACCAAGAGAGCAUUAUGGCUGGAUGAUUAUGCCGCUCUUUACAGUGCGCUCAUGGUCACCGGAUAUGGUGUGAGUAGUAUAUAUCAGACUCGAUGGGGUCUCGGUCUUCAUGCUGAGUACUUUCCCACGGCCAAUGUGAAGGAAUUCAGUAAGAUCCAAUAUGUUGGCGGUCCGUUAUACGCGAUGUCUUUGCUGGGGUUUAAGGUCUCGCUACUGGCGUCGUACCUUCGUAUCGGUGGAUUUGUGAAGGUGUACCGAACCAUCAUUAUCGUUGCGAUCGUGGCCGUGGCGAUCAACCAAGUCAUCUUCACCUUCCUCUUUAUCUUCCCGUGCAAACCGGUAUGGAAUCAAGACCACACCUACCAUCUAGGGUUCGACAUCAUCAUCAUCGCCCUCCCUCUCCCCGUCCUCUGGAACCUGCAACUCGGAAAACGACAAAAGGUCGCUCUCUGCUGCGUAUUCGCCCUCGGGUUCUUCGUAACAAUCAUCCAAAUAAUCCGCAUCUUCACCAUCGCACGACUCAAGACCUACACGGAUAGUAAACCGGUCAUUUUAUGGUCCAUCAUCGAGACCAGCUUAGCAGUAAUAAUAGCCUGCGUCCCAACCUACGGCCCUUACUUCCGCGUCUUCGUCUCCAACAUCAGUUCCUACCGCCGCCGCCCAACCGGACAAGACUACCCCCUCACCUCAGGAAACCGUCAAACACGAGCCUCCAGUCGGAAACUGGCUCUCAGCAACCUUGGCCGCGACGAUGCCAGGUUCGAUAUCCCCCGAAGCCCCCGGCCAUACGAUAAUAGCACGCCGCACACAACGACGAUAUCAUCAUCGAAAGUGACAGCAGAUAAUGACUCGGAAGAACAUAUCCUGGGAAAUACCAAUCAGGGCAUGUUUGCCAGUGUCGGGGACCCGGAGAGGGGCAUUCAUAAAGUUAUGGAGGUUACGGUUGAGAGGCAUUAGCCAGUCGGCAUUGGACCGAGUUAUAUUACGUAUGUAUGUUUAUUUUGAGGGUGGAAUCUUGGCGGGAGUAAUUGGGUUGCUUUUGGGAGGGUUUGGGAUGGGUUAAUGAUUGUAUAUUAUUCUUUUUCGUUUCUUAGAGGGUGGAAUAGACCUUUCCUGUAUAUAGAGAGUAUUCGAGGUGGCAUGGGUGUUUCGAUACCGAUCGAUCAACAACUAAUCCCAAGGGCGAGCGUUCCGGAGACCCAUCUGGGAAUUGGCUUUCGCUUAUAGAUCCUGAAUCAUGACUUUGAACUAUCAAGCGAACUCGAUGUUGAGCCCCUUUAUAGCUAGCUCCCCACAGAGGCAAACCUAGCACAGCAUUGUGGCAAAAGCAGCACGACCACCCACAUCACCAUCACAAUCAUCA